AGUACUGUACUUAGCUGCCAUGGCCAGGUUCCACUUCCACCUUCUCUUCUUCUUCGUCGUGCUUGCGCUCUCCACCAGCAGCAGCGCCAGCCCAGUGGCCGCUGCGGACGACGUCGAUGACACCCAGCUGCGGCAGGAGGCCAUGAUGCAGGCCCUCGGGGUGGUCGCCCGCUUCGACCUGGCCACCACCGACGCCGAGGCAGUGAGGCAGGUGAAGCGGGCGCUCGCGGUGCUGAACGGUGAGGUCGAGGCCCGCCCCCAGCAGUGGAAGCCCAUCUUCAAGGCCCUCGACAAGGUGAUGGACAGCGGCGCCGACGACCGCAGUAGGGCGAAGGCGUCCGCCGUGCUCAAGGUGCUGCUCGACCGCGAGCUCGGCCCGUGCCCGGACAGCCUCAGAAGGGACCUCGGAAUCGGUGAUCUCUAAAAUGCAUGCAUGCAUGCAGUCGCUAGUUCGCCACCUUCUCCUUUCUCUUUCGGCCUUGGCGUGCUCUGUCUGUGCUGUUGUUGUUUUUCUUAAGGGUGUCUGGGCUGUAGUUAGUCACAUGGUGCUCCCGUAUUUUCGCUGCGGCCUGCCGCAGUUGUCAGAGCUUCACCUUUACUUUCCUUCAUGUUCGUUCUUCACGCCUUGGGCGGCGGAACGUUGGUGAUUGCGCUUGCUUGCCUGUAACCACUAUUUCAUUAGCCAGCGUAGAUGAUUGUGUGCGCUCCAUGCAUAGAUGAUUGGUGUGCUCCAUGAAUAUCUAAGACAAGUUGAAGCUGAA